UGCAUAUGCAUUCUUUGAACUUUUUGAACAUGCCUUUAGACAAUUAUUUAGCUGGGUUUUAACCUCAGCUCAUAGAAAAAAGUCGUAAGUUUAAAGAAUAUUCAUCUCCCGACAUAUUGGUUUAAACUGGUUCGAACGUAAUUUGUUGUUGUCAAUGUUUAUAUGAACAGGAUCGGAAAUAAGGGAGAAACCACUCAGUAGAUGUGAUUAUGACUUUUAGAGUGUGUGGUUGAUUCCUACUGAGAUAUUUUUAUCCCAUUACCAGUUCACACUCAUUUCAAUUAUAUUUUUCAAGUUUUUACAACAUUUAUUGAUUGUAUAAAGGUUUUCGCAUCUAGUUUGUUUUAUUUCCCACACUCUCGCCUUUAAUUAUCCAUUUUUUUUGUCCCUUGAAUGCAGAUCCAGAGUAAUUAAAAUUUAUAUGUGAUCCGGUAAAAAGAUUUUAAUGAUAUCAAAUCAGGGUUAUAUUUAUUCACAAGGUCGUCAGUUUUCACUUUUCAGCGUUAAAUACAAUCAAUAUGAUUGAAAUGAGUAUGCUUUUGACUCUCCUCAUAGGCAAAAUAUUAGCCUGUGUUUAAAAAAAUAUAAUCAAUACUAGUAAACAAAUCAUGUUGUAUAACAUUGGCGCUAGUUGACUAAAAAGUUUAGUACAACGAUUUUUCUACAAAUGUUCACUUAACAUAAAAAAUGUCCGCCUUUAAGGGACUUUUUUCUAUUUCAAGUAGCUUGGUUCAUUUUUUUCUGUUAGUGGGCUUUUGCGACGCCAUUAUGAAUAAUGGAAGCGUUAUUUUAUUAAAUGAAUGCGACUGGAAUUCUUAUGACAAUACACACGUAUUGUAUGAAACUGAAGUGAAGUCGAAAAUCAAAUGUGCUGCUAUUUGUUUUCAAUAUGGAGUUGCUUGUCUCGGGUUCCAACUAUUGACCAUGGUGUCUGAAACAAAAUGUCGCCUUCUUCGCUUUAUUUCGCUCGAAAAUUGUACAUCGCCAAUAUCGUCUAUGUCAAUUUCGUUUCUCUACGAGCGGACAGACGUACAGCCGAUAGUGACCACACAACCUGUAUCAACAAUGACACCUAAUCCUUGUCAAAAUGGCGGCACAUACACAGCAAACAUCUGUAGCUGUGUGUUUGGCUGCUCGGGACAAUAUUGUCAAACAUGUAUCAAUGAAUGCAGUGAAGCUAGUGGGGUGUCCGGUACAGGGGUAGCCUGGAUAAGACCAGCCGGCUUCGAUGUCGCCAAGCAAGUUUGGUGUAACUUCGACAAUGGCGUAACUUACAUCCAGAUUCGUAAAUAUGGAACUGUCAGUUUCAAUCGUUCUUAUGUUGAGUACGAAAACGGCUUCGGUGACGCAAACGGGGACUACUGGUUGGGGAACAAGUAUGCAAACAUCUUAAGUCUGACGAGGACAUUUACAAGUGGAUUUACAUUAAUGAAAUCAAGUGGUUUCGUCAUGGUAUAUUAUUAUGAUUUUGUUGUUUUGGAUUCGAGUUCCAACUUUGCACUGCAAUACUCGUCCUCGUCCUCGUCACAGUAUCCACUUGCCAAAGGUCAACCGUUUCAAGCGUAUGAUACCGGCAGCGCAUGCGCUAUCACACUUGGUAACGGUUGGUGGUUUGGAUCAACAUGCUCAUCCGGAAGUUUGAAUGGACAAUAUCCCGUGGACUUCGGGGCGUUUUCUGGGGCAACCACAACAAGGAUAGGAAUAUACUGAUUUAACGCAGUUUGCUUUAUUUUCAUUCAUCUUGUCCGAUUGAUUGUAAAAAAUCCGUAUUUUGAAAUUAUCGGUUAAUAUACUUUUGAGAGCACUGUUGUGUACAGUAACUGUUUUACAGUGUAUAACAAUAUUUCUUUUUGCCAAUCAUAUGACAGGAAAUAACUAAGUAAAAACAGCGGUUAUUUUAUGUUACUGUAGACGUACUUUUG